GCCCGCCCAGGGCUGCAGUAAGCAUUAGUCCUUUCUUCUAAGCCCUAUGUAAAGAUUGCUUUCAUUACUACACGUAAAGUGGACUAAUAUCCAUCAUGUCGCCUACCGGACAUCGCGGAAAAGAAGCCAUCGAAGUCUCAGGCGUCUUCACUGCCCUUGCAUUCACCAUUGUCGGUCUUCGCUUGUACACGCGCUUCUUCAUCGUUCGGUGCGCCGGCAUAGAGGACUACUUCAUCACUCUAGCUAUGUUCUGUUCGACUGGACUGACCAUAUGUAUCGGCAUACAGGUUGAAUAUGGGAUGGGCCAACAUAUUUGGGAACUAUUAGCGAAUGAUAUGCGCAGCUCAUUGAAGGCGUUCUGGGCUAGCCUUAUUGUUUACUACCUCUCGCUUGGUCUCACAAAGACUUCGAUUCUCCUACAGUACCGCCGAGUCUUUCCGACGAGAAGCUUUCAGAUCGCUUGCUGGUCCAUUAUGACAGUAGUUAUUGCCUACACUGUCUGGGCGGUAUUCGGAAGCAUUUUUGCGUGCGUCCCAGUGCGCGCCUUCUGGACUAAGGAGCCGUCAAAAUGCAUCAACCAGUUCGUGAUGUGGUUUACCAAUGCCGGAAUCAACAUCUUGACCGACUUCGCCAUUAUUAUACUGCCCAUGCCAGUGAUUAGGAAUCUCAACCUUGCGCGACGCCAGAAGCAAGCUCUGGUCGCUGUAUUCGCCCUUGGUGGAUUUGUCUGCGUCGUAUCCAUCCUGCGCCUUCAAUCUCUCGUAGCAAUCUCAAAUUCUAGUGACCCAACCUUCGACAACCCGCCGGCAGCUUCUUGGAGCUCGGUCGAAACGAACGUUGGCAUCAUUUGCUCUUGCUUACCAUGCCUGCGGCCUCUAAUGGCACGUUACUUUCCCGGUAUUUUUUCUUCCAAGUUCAAAUCUGGACCUAAUAGUUCUCGAAUGUUUGGUCGCAGCUUAUACGGCCGUCAAUCAGCUGGUCCUAGUACAGUACUUGGUGGGAUUGAGCUAAAAGGGUCAAAAGACUCGCGACCCUCGAGCGAUGUCGGUAACCACGACAAUCGCGACGACAGGAUACAAGUCGUAACGGAGUUUCAUGUGAGAGUUGAAGACAAGAACGAUCGUUAUAGCAACAGUGGCGAGAAGGGAAUUCGAACUGAUCGAGGAAGUAGUACAGAGAUCUCCAACGUCUCGCGUUCCAACCACAGAUUGCGAGUAAUACCGAGUUAA